CGUUUUUGACUUUUGACAGCUACUACUGCAAUUGUGUUAUACCGCAUUCUUACUUACGUGUUGUCCAUAUAUAUAUCUAUAUGAAACAAAAAUGGUCGUGGAAACAAAAACAUAAACAUCGCGACUGACUGAUUCCCAUCGUAUCAUUAAACACUUAUUCUCUCAUAGUUAAAGGAAAAAAUUGGAACGGUUUGGACAAAUCAAUUCUAAAACAUUAAUUUCGUAUUCAGAGAAAUGGCUGCCAAAGUUUACCAACCCGAUCAGGAACUCGAAACGAAAGUUAAGAAAGCCACGGAAAGAAUAUCAGAAAACAUGCACAUUGUUGCAAACGAGCCAUCGCUUGCUUUUUACCGCCUUCAAGAGCACGUGAGAAAAGCUUUACCUCCGAUGGUGGAAAAACGUGUAGAAGUUUUGGCACUUCAGCAACAACUCCAAGGACGCUGUUACGACGUUGAGUACGCUGUCAGUGCAGUGAAAACUAUGCAAGGAGCAGAGAAAAGCUUUGACAAUACCUUGGAGUUUAUAAAAAAUGCAAUUUUCUUCAAACAACAAUUGAAAUACGAAGAACAGAGACGGCACAAGAAAGACAGCAACAGGGACAGCGUCUACAAAAGAUUGUCCGCUCAUAUUCCAACUUUGGAUCAUCUGCCUGAUGACAUUUCAGAAGUUGUAAGAGAAACUGCCAAUAGAGUUGAAUCAAUGAUGAAUCAUGCCCGAAAUUCCAAUGAACUUCAAAGAGCAAAUACUACGCAUAAUUAAUUCGAUUUUAGAAACAUAUUCAGUUUGGUAAAAGAUUUUCCACCCGAACAUUCUCAGUCAAAUAUUUCUGCUUGAGAAUUUGUUUCUCAAUUAAGAAAAAAAAAAAUUUUAUCAAUUUUGCAUAAAAUUUUCUUUCCCCAAUCGUUCUGUGAAUAUACAGUGAAUAAUAAUUAGUUUUUUAAAUCAAAAUUCGAUUGUAUUUGUUGAAAAUGCAUCGUGUAUCGAAUGUUUUUGAAUUAUUUUCUGUUCAACAAAAUACCACGAUUUUUGUCGAAUCAUUGAGAACGAAAAAAUACUAAUUGAAAGAAAUUAAUGCUUUAGACGCCUCAUUGAGGAAUUCAAACAAAAGGAAUUCCGACGUAGCUGAAAAUGUUCAUAAAUAUUUUUUAGAGAUUAUAAACUAGUCAAAAGUUGAUGUGGAACCUGGUGUAUAUGAUUAUUGUUGCAACAAUGGACAUUAGUAUAGUGUAAUAACUUUUCUAAUUUAUUUUGUAUUUAUUAUUAUAUUUACCAUGACAAAUUCUUACUCCAAAUAAAAAAAUUGUUGGAAGCA